AGGUAGCGCAUUAGGGUUAGGGAGAAAGAGGAAGGAGGAGAAUGGCGAUGGCGAUGGCGCGAUGGCGGCAGCGGCUCCUCUCCUCGGCGUGUUCUUCGUCGUCCUCCAGUGCCGCGGCGCCGCAAGCGCUACUCCGCCUCGCGUCGUCGGCAUUGAGUCGCCAGUCCUCGUCCAGGGGCUUCGCGGCGGCGCCGGACGACACCACGCCCUUCGUGGUCGAUAUUCCAGUGCCGUACGCGGGGCACCGGUGCGAUCCGCCGGAGCAGCGCGUGGAGACCUCGGCCAAGGAGCUCGUGGAUUUCUUCAAGGUGAUGUAUGUGAUGAGAAGGAUGGAGAUUGCGGCGGACUCGCUCUACAAGGCGAAGUUUAUUCGCGGGUUUUGCCAUCUCUACGACGGGCAGGAGGCGGUGUGCGUGGGAAUGGAGGCGGCGCUCACCAAGGAGGACGCCAUCAUCACUGCUUACAGGGACCACUGCACGCAUAUUGGGCGAGGUGGCACGGUGCUGGAGGUGAUGGCGGAGCUCAUGGGGAGAAAAAGUGGGUGCUCGCUCGGGAAAGGUGGAUCGAUGCAUAUGUACAACAAGGAGGGGAAUUUCUAUGGAGGGAACGGGAUUGUUGGAGCACAGACCGCGCUGGGAGCUGGGCUAGCUUUCGCGCAAAAGUAUAACAAGCAGAACGCGGUGUCGCUGGCUUUGUAUGGGGAUGGAGCUGCCAACCAGGGACAACUCUUUGAGGCCAUGAACAUAUCAGCGCUGUGGGACUUGCCGGUGAUCUUCGUCUGCGAGAACAAUCACUAUGGAAUGGGGACGGCCGAGUGGCGCUCAGCAAAAUCUCCAGAAUACUACAAACGUGGAGAUUAUGUCCCGGGUCUUAAGAUUGAUGGAAUGGACGUUUUAGCAGUCAAGCAGGGCGUCCGAUUCGCAAAGGAGCACGCUUUGACAAAAGGCCCCAUCGUGUUGGAAAUGGAUACUUAUCGUUAUCAUGGGCACUCCAUGUCUGAUCCCGGGAGUACAUAUCGGACAAGGGAAGAGAUUUCCGGCGUGAGACAGGAGCGAGACCCGAUUGAAAGAGUAAGAAAGCUUCUUUUGGCGAAAGAGAUCGUGACUGUAGCCGAUUUGAAGAACUUGGAGAAGCAAGCCAAGGCAGAAGUGGACGAGGCCGUUAAUCAAGCCAAGGAGGGCGGUCAGCCCGAAACUCACGAGCUGUUUACGCACGUUCACGUCAAGGGACUGAAGCAAUUGGCGUAUGGCCCUGACCGCAAGGAAGUUAUAGUUCCACUUCCAUGAUCGAAGAAAACGGAUAGAUCGAUUGUUUUUCCGGAGCUAGAAAUAAGUGCUACAAAGACACUCUUGAAGUUUUGUAAGAUACAUAUUGGACAAAAUAAGAAUUCGUUUGAUUGA